AUGUCGCUUCCCAAGCCGAACUGCUCUUUUGUCAUCCCCAGCAUCCAUGACGCCCUGGAGCUCGAUUGCCGAAUCUACUACCCAAGAAGAACUGAGCAAAGUUUCCCGCUCUUUGGAAAAUCAUUCGCCAUAUUUGCCCACCCCUAUGCACCUCUGGGGGGCUCAUACGACGAUCCUGUCGUAGCACUUUGUGGCAGUGUUCUGCUUCAGCAUGGUUGCUUUCUAGUUACCUUCAACUUCAGAGGUGCCGCUGGUUCUCUUGGUCGAACCUCUUGGUCUGGGAAGCCCGAGCUGGGGGAUUAUGUUUCCGUCUAUGGAUUUCUCCUGUGUUACAUUGACGCUGUCUGCCGACCUGUCGUCCAGAAGGGACAGGGGGCCCCUAUCUUAAUUCUUGGAGGUUACUCCUAUGGCUCAAUGAUAACAUCAUACCUCCCAUCGAUCGACAUCGUUGCCGACUUGUUUAAGUCGCCAGCGCCAGGUUCGGCGGAAAGCGAAAUUAGACUCCGUGCCGAAGACUUAUCUCGGGAUAGCCGAGCCUACUUGGAUAUGCAUUCGGCUGGUGUGGCAUUGACGCUACCGCGUACGCGAAGCGGUCCUGAGAAUGACGAGCUAAAACUCAGUCGCGGUGUAACUGUCGGAGGAUACGAGUCAGAUGCGGCUAGCCGACGAGUGAGUCGGGAGUCAUCAAGAAGGAGCAUUGACGGAGACAAAUUCAGACAAAGCAUUGACAGAGUUCGUCGCAAGCUCAGUUCCCGAGUAAUCAACCCCUUCGAGUCAGAAGCACAGCCUCCUCCUGGCGCGACAACAUUCCCGAUACUACCACAGCUCGCCUAUCUCCUCGUAUCACCACUAUUACCGCCGAUCGCGGGGUUCAUCACAAUGUUCUCGAAGUUGAGAUUCAUCCGGAAAGACCGCGAGAUUGCUCCACCUCCGGGGAAAGAGUUCCAUGAUCUCACUAUUCACCCUUGCUAUUGUCUAUACGGCGGUAAAGAUAUCUUUACCUCAGAUCGCAAACUGCAACGAUGGGCAGAAGAUCUAAGUUCACGGCCUGGUUCCCAAUUUGUUGCAGUCAGAGCGGAUACAGGACAUUUUUGGCAGGAAGCCGAGGCCAUUGUUCGACUUCGCCAGGGCCUUGCAGAUUGGCUCAAGCUGCUAACAUCAAAACCCGGAGAUUUCGAGACGAAAGUCUCCGCUGAUGCCGGUGCCAGGUGGUCAAUACAUGGAUCGACCAAACCGGGAAGCCUCAACCCACCUGAAUGA